AUGGUCAGCUCCUGUUGUGGCUCCAUCUGCUCUGACCAGGGCUGUGGCCAGGAGACCUGCUGCCAACCCAGCUGCUGCCAGACCACCUGCUGCAGGACCACCUGCUGCCGCCCCAGCUGCUGUGUGUCCAGCUGCUGCAGGCCCCACUGUUGCCGUCCAGUCUGCUGCCAGCCCACCUGUUGCCGCCCCAGCUGCUGUGUGUCCAGCUGCUGCCGCCCUAGUUGCUGUGUGUCCAGCUGCUGCCGCCCCAGCUGCUGUGUGUCCAGUUGUUGUAGGCCCCAGUGCUGCCAGUCCCUGUGCUGCCAGCCCACCUGCUGCCGCCCCAGCUGCUGCCGCCCUAGCUGCUGCCGUCCCUGCUGCUGCCUGCGUCCAGUCUGUGGCCAAGUCUCCUGCCACACCACCUGCUAUCGCCCAACCUGCGUCAUCUCCACCUGCCCCCGGCCCCUGUGCUGCGCCUCUUGCUGCUGA